CAUCCUGAUGGGGACGGCUGUGUCACUGCUAUUGGGUUGGGGUGUCUCGUCUGGUGUAGGUGGGUGGUGCACGUCGAAGUAACAUUCACACGAAUACCAGGUCCAAAAGUUUGCCAGCAGGACAUUGUAUUGUCACGAGAUGUUCAACGCUACGUACGUCUCCUGGCAGUGGUUUUAAUGUUGUGGCUGAUCCGUGCAUGCUGCUGCACGGUUAGAUCUAUUGUCUCUUCUAAGGGCAUAUUUGCAUAAAGCUGCCAAGUGAGUGUUGCUGAGCAUUUGGUUGCCUUCCAGCGAAGAACAUCUGUCUACAGGUUCAGAGAUCUUUCAUAAUGUGUGACGCAUAAAACCAGUGGAAUGAUAAUUCUAAGAAAAUAUGCCAUUAUUUUCUUCAUUAUUAUGUACAAGCCUUAAAGUGCCCCGUCCGACUGGUUUGAAGGUCCCUCCUUUCUUCAUAGGAGUCAUUAUUGAAACAUUGCUCGGAUUCUUCAGGGUUUGACUUGAUGGUACACGACUCCCGGUCAGGUGUGCACAAGUUGUCUGCGGCGCGAACACGUAUGUGUGUCUACAGCGCGAGCGAGUCGGAGCGGGCGGCGUUGCCGGCUGCUGGUGUGUGUUGCCAUAUCAGUGGAUUUCUCAACAGAGCCGUGUAAGCUUCUUAGAUGGGAACCAGUGUGCGGUGGGAAGCAAGCUGGUUAUGCGUGUCAGAUUGAGAGGAGGACGUGAAGGGCUGGAGUAGCCUUGAGAUGCCGCCUCACAAUGCACGCAGCUUGUCGUAGACGUUUGCACCGCAGGAAAUCAAACACUGCGUUUGAGCCAGAUCUAUCUUAUUCACAGCUACUUUAAUGUAGCAAAAAAAAAAAAAAGAAAAAGUUCAGGAACAGGUUUGCAUGUCAGCCCUGUCGUACACUGUCUAGGAACAUGAGUGUGGCUGCAGAAGGGAGCUCCCUGCUUGGGAAUGCUGCUCUUCUGGCGCCAGGAACGAGGGCAUCGGUACAUGCAUGAACAAACCGAGCUUUAUCAGAUAUGGCUUUGAACCAUAAUGUCAUAAUUAUUUAAAAAGAUCUAAAAGAUUAUGUGUGUUUUCAUGACUACGACGGUUUGGACUCGUUUCAGCAGCAAAGUAUCAGAUCUAAUUAAACAGAAAAGUACCGCAGCAUGUCACCUUGUUUAGACCCCGGCCCGUCUACGCUGUGUGUAACCACAUCUCUGCUGGCGGAGAGGUCAAAGGUGUUCUCAAACAGCGAUGAAGCCCCCAUUAACAAGAAGCUCCCCAAAGAGCUUCUUCUUAGAAUAUUCUCCUAUCUUGAUGUGGUUACACUCUGUAGGUGUGCCCAGGUAUCCAAGGCGUGGAAUGUGCUGGCCCUAGAUGGCAGCAACUGGCAGAAGAUCGACUUGUUCAACUUCCAAACAGACAUAGAGGGACGUGUGGUGGAGAACAUUUCGAAGCGCUGCGGAGGCUUCUUGAGGCAGCUCAGCCUCAGGGGCUGCCUCAGCGUCGGAGAUGCCUCCAUGAAGACGUUUGCUCAGAACUGCAGGAACAUUGAAGUGUUGAACCUGAACGGCUGCACCAAGAUCACAGACAGCACCUGCCUCAGCCUCAGCAAGUUCUGCUCCAAACUCAAACAGUUAGAUCUCACCUCCUGUGUGUCCGUCAGCAACCACUCCCUCAAGGCCCUCAGUGAUGGCUGCAGAAUGCUGGAGAUGCUGAACCUGUCGUGGUGCGACCAGAUCACGCGUGAUGGCAUUGAGGCCCUAGCUAGAGGCUGUGCUGGCUUGCGAGCACUGUUCCUCAGAGGCUGCACACAGCUGGACGACGGAGCAUUGAAACACCUUCAGAAACACUGCCCAGAACUCACCACCAUCAAUAUGCAGUCUUGCACACAAAUAACAGAUGAAGGCCUGGUCAGUCUGUGCCGAGGAUGCCACAAGCUGCAGAUCCUUUGUGUGUCUGGCUGCAGUAACAUCACUGAUGCCUCUCUCACUGCACUGGGACUUAACUGUCCCCGACUCAAGAUCCUUGAAGCUGCACGAUGCUCCCAUGUCACAGACGCUGGGUUUACUGUGUUGGCCAGAAACUGUCAUGAGCUUGAAAAAAUGGACUUAGAAGAAUGUAUUUUGGUGACAGAUAACACCCUGGUUCAGCUGUCAAUCCACUGCCCUCGUCUGCAAGCACUGUCCCUGUCCCACUGCGAGCUGAUCACAGACGACGGCAUCAGAGCCCUGAGCAGCAGCACCUGUGGCCAAGAGCGCCUCACUGUGGUGGAGUUGGACAACUGCCCCCUCAUCACUGAUGUGACCCUUGAGCACCUGAAGAGCUGCCAUCGUCUGGAGCGCAUCGAGCUCUACGACUGUCAGCAGGUCACCAGAGCUGGAAUCAAACGCAUCCGGGCUCACCUUCCAGAGAUCAAAGUCCAUGCCUACUUUGCCCCAGUGACACCCCCUCCGUCUGUACAUGGAGGUGGCCAGCGUCUGUGCCGCUGCUGCAUCAUCCUCUGACAGUGGAGGGCCAGGGGGGGCCACCUCUGUCUACAGGUCCUGCUGCUCUGAUACGGGCUGAUGGGGGGGUGUGGGUUUGGGGACUGGGUUAGGCGUAGGGGAGAGGAGGGGCUGGACCCACUCACUGCUCCUGAUCACCGAUCAAUAAAUACAUAGACUGAUCGCCACUGAUCCCUGAUCAGUUGAACCCGCCCCUUCUCUCUCCUCAUGCUCACCAAUCAGCUUUGCAGCAGCUCCAGGGUGUGGUGAGGGGGGGGGGGGUUGGAGGAAAGAACAUGGAUGGAUGGACUGUCUCUUUCUUUUUCUCUCUCUCUCUCUCUCUGUCUCAUGCUGUCUUUCUCACUGUAAAGACUAAAACAGGUUCUCCACUCCAUUGUACUCCUCACACCCCCUGACUCCCCACCCGUGGCCAUAAAGGACUGUAUCUGGACAGCUGCAGACAGAUGGUCUGAACAGUGGAACUACAAUGCAUCAUGUUCAAACUAAAUUAAAAAAAAAAAAAUGAUGAUACCGUCAUCUUGGACAACAGUUCAAUCUCUGUGGAUUAUCAUCUCAACCAAUCACAUAACACCUCUACUGUAUGUGACCAUCCUGUGAUUCAUUCUGCUUUGACCAAUAAACACACAGCGUGGAGGGAGAGGAGAGCUAGGCUGUGGGUUAAAUGCAGAUCUUCUGGAUAUAAACGGUGACGCUUUGGCACGGCCAGCUUCAACUCUGCAGCUUGGAAAAGUCAGGAAUAAACAGGAAGUACAGACUGGGUCAGUGACAUAUUUGUGCAUCUGAGAAACUUCUGUUGAGAUUUUGAUUCUGUUUGUAUAGAGAAUGUUUUGCAAUGGAAAAAAAAAGAACUACACUUAUGGCAACUCUUGCAAAAACUGGGAAAGGCCAAUAAAAAUGUGUGUUUUUUUUUUCUUUUCCUUUUUUCAGUGCUUAAUGUAAUUGUCCAUGCCUGUCUAUUCAGAGAGAGGGGUAUGCUUGUCUUUCUUUUUGAAAUGUAGAAGAGAAACUGUUGCUGUUUGACAAAAAUGGACCUAUGAUUCAGACCCUCGGUGUCCAAAAGCGUAAUGUUGACACUGUAUGCUGCUGAGAUGAGUGGCCUCUCCUGCGUACUGCGUGGUUGUUGUUGCUUUUUGGCCCUGAUCCAAUCCUGUCAGUAGCCCUGUGCACUAGCUCCUUCUUGACCACUUAAGCGUUUGUUUACAUCCUGGAUUAGGUUAGCACCACAGACUAACAUGUUUACAACAGCAGGUUCCCAGUCCCGCUACAACUAUAGAAUUGGUUGCUAAACUUAACAGUUGACACAACUGUGGCAUACCCACUGUUUUUAAGUGGACUGUGACGUAUAUUAUUCAGAUUUAUUGCUGUGUGUAUCUGGAUAUCAAUCAGGGCUAAUGUUGGUGUAACUUUGCUGCAGAAGUGAAAUGGAUAUUUGCUUAAAGCUAAUGAGACUGUGAGCAAAGGCACGUCGACUUUUUGACAAUCACAUGAAUUUAUGUAUUUGAAGUUAAUUUAGUAUAGUUUUGUGUAAUUGUCAAUUUCCUGGUGAUGUAGAAUAUAAUGAAUUGGCUGUCUUCAAUAUACUCCAUUAAGAUCCCAAGUAGCACAUGAGGAAUUAAUUAGAAUUAGCAUUGGACAUGGGUCUGGUGAAAUCUGCCAAUGUGUUUAAUUGAUCCCCUACAAGUAAUACAAAAACAUCUGUGAUUUGAAAUCCUCAGAUCCAGCAGUUAAUUUGGUUGUAUACAGAAAUGACUUCAAAUUGGCAGGAUCUUCUUUAUUUAAAUUACACAUGAACAAUGCAUGAGCACCGGCUCCUCAAGCACCGAAAUUACAAAACAAUAGCAGCUUGUGAGAUUGUGCUAAACCAGAGACUGGCAAGUGUUGCAUAGUGCCAAGUGCUCAAAGACUGGGGAGACUGGCGGGACAAUGGACAGGACUGAAAGAAAAGCGAGCGGACAGACAAGAGAAUGGAGAAAUAUUCAGAUGGAUUCAGAUACAUAGCUGACUGACUGGCUGUGAUACUAACGCCCUCUGUUUGACAGCUGUUUUAACAGUUUUAUGUUUAAGAAAAUAAAGAAAUACAUGAAAAAAUAAAUGAAUAAAUAAAGGUGACUAAUAGUAACUGUG